AUGCUAUCAGAUCAACAAAAAAACUAUGUAUAUCGUUGUAUAACAACAAUAAAAUUAUUGAUUGAGGUGAAUUUCUCGCCAUAUCACUCAAAGAUCGUUGAUCUAUUGAAAAGUGUGCCAUCAAGGACUUAUGAUACCAUAACAAAAAUAUGGUCAUUUUCUCUUAAACAUUUGGGUUAUCUCGAGGAUAAACUUUAUUCAUUUAAAGAUGCCCGAAUUAUUAUCAGUUCAAUUCCUGAUUAUGUAAUCAAGUCUUCAUUACUUGAUUCUUUGUUUCCAUAUCAACGAUUGGGUGUUAUAUUCGGUGUUGAACGACGAGGAAAAUUAUUACUUGCGGAUGAAAUGGGUUUAGGCAAAUCGAUUCAAGCUCUUGGUAUUGCAAGAUAUUUUAAAGCUGAUUGGCCACUAUUGAUUAUUUGUCCUUCAUCUGUAAAAUUUUCUUGGUUAAAUCAGUUGAAUACAUUUUUACCAGUAGUAACAAAUGUGGUUUUGCUUGACAAAGGCAGUGAUAAAUUACCCUUAGAACGUUCAUCCAGAACUGCAGUGGUAAUGAGCUAUGAUUUAAUGGUCAUUAAAAGAGUUGCUCUUGUUGAAUAUGAAUUCCAUUCUAUUAUAUUCGAUGAAUCACAUUUGCUAAAAGAUGGAAAUGCUCAACGAACGGUGGUCGCCACUGAGAUAGCGCGAAAAGCAUUGCGAAUAAUUCUUUUAUCGGGUACUCCAGCUCUAUCACGGCCAGUGGAAUUAUUUUCACAAAUUCGUAUUAUAGAUCGGUCUAUUUUCCCUGCUUUUCGUUCAUUUGCCAGUCGUUAUUGCGAUGGAAAGCAGGGUAAAUUUAAUUAUGAAGCGAAAGGGUGUACAAAUAGUACUGAAUUGGCUAUUAUUCUUUCAAAUACUAUUAUGCUGAGGAGACUGAAAAAAGACGUUCUUGCUGAUCUUCCAAGUAAACACCAAGAGGUCGUUUUUAUCAAUGAUCAUUCGAUUGAAUCUAAUAUUGCGAAAUUGCGCGCAAGUAAAUCUGCCUACAAUGGUGCGAAGGAUAACGAAACGAAACGAGCUAAGCUUGUAGAAUAUUAUUGUGAAACUGGCCUGGCGAAAGCAAAGAGUGUUUCUCGUUAUAUAAUUGAUCAUUUUUUUUAUGAUGGUGCUCCUAAACGAAAGAUUUUGAUAUUUGCUCACCAUCAAGUCGUACUUGAUACCAUUUCAAUGGAUAUAGCUAAAAAGGGGCUUCGUUCCAUACGAAUCGAUGGUGCUACUCCCAGUAAAUCUCGUGAAGAGCAGUGUCGUCUUUUCCAAGAUAAUGAAGACGUUGUUAUCGCAAUUCUUUCAAUAACUGCAGCGGGAAUGGGCAUAACUCUAACUGCUGCUUCAGUAGUAGUUUUCGCGGAAUUACAUUGGAAUCCUGGCACCCUUAAACAAGCAGAAGAUCGUGCUCAUAGAGUCGGUCAACAAGGUUCUGUUUUUAUACAAUAUUUAUUAGCCAAAGGAACAGCUGAUGAUGUUUUAUGGCCAUUAAUUGAAAAAAAGCUUGAUGUGUUACAGUCAUUUAAAUUAUCUUUAGAUUCGUAUAAGGACGUGGAAAGGAUACAGGAAAGUGUAAAUACCUCAGUAUCGGCCAUCGAACAAUAUUUCCCUCCAGUUAAACGACACAAAAUUAAUAAUCCAAGUUGA